AUGUCCGUUGCCCGCGUUGUCUAUCGCGUGGAGCAGCCGUCGGAUGAUUUGAUCGCGGGCCUGACCGCCUGGUCCGUGCGCGCAUCCCCCUUCGCUCGAGUUCGCCUCGCCCCGCGUCUUCCACCUGGUCAUCGGUUAUCUCGCUUCCGAUCUUACCUAGGAGGAAGGGAGCCUAGGACCGCAUAUUGUUAUUUGUGUGUGGCAUCCAACGCCACUGUCCAUAUCUCCUCGAUCGUCGUGGUGACUGUCACAAUUGACCCGCUUCGACAAGCUGAUCGUCCCGAACGCGCGGACAACGACAAACGACAAACGAGACAGCGGACAUCAGGCAUCAGAUCGCAGGGAAUGUGGCUCCCUCUUGGUCCACUCAAUCGUUUCGUUUUGUCUCCCGUUUCAAUGGAGAUCCAAGUGCGCUGA